AAUUAAAUUUUGUUUACUUUAAGUGGAAGUGUAAAUAAUCAAUUUAAUUUAGUGUUAAUUGUUAAUUGUUCGCAUUGACAAUCGGACAAUUAACAAAGGAUUUGCUGGAAUUAAGGAGACAAAAAGGUAAACCCAAACUCUUACACAUUUGUAUUAAUACAUUUUAAUUUGUGUCUCCAUUAGUUUCCAAUAACAGUAAUGCUUUUUUUUUAUCCAACCGUUUUUUUCUUUGGGAGAAUUUAAAAUUAAGUUAAUAUUUAUCAUCUAACCUUGAUUGACUUCUUAAGAUCUGUUUGGAGUUGUUAUUGUUUCUAAUUUAUCACCGAAUGAUCAGAUUGUUUGUUUCUCCUUCAUUCACUUAUGUAAUUGCUAUAAAAUCUAUGGUACCAGAAAUCGGAUCAACUUUGUUAACAAAAUUUUAUUUCAAUUGUUACUAUUGAUUAACAAGAUUGUCGGAGUUUCCAAUGGCGAUUAACAUUGAUUCAACUCAAUGUUUGAUGAUCAUCAACAUUGAUUAUGUCAACUCAAUUAACUUACUUGUUAGUUUAACCAUUUUCUUUAAUUUAAAGAAAAAGAAUUGAAAAAAAAACGAUUAGUUUAACGUUGCAAGUUUAAUAACCACUUGUCCAACUCUCUCAACUUGCGAAACAAUAGAUUUAUAAUCACAAUUAAGAUUAUUGUUCCCGCUUAUUUGUUCAAAUUACCCUCUCUCUAAAUUGCCUGGCACAAUUUUCCUCCCAUGGACGAGUUGAAGCAUUUCCCCUGCAGCAAACAAAGUUAAAUCUUUGCACAUCGUUGUUAUAUAUGAUUCUGACUGAAUCUUUGUUGAUUUGACACAAAUUUGGUUUCUAAACCGAAUUGAUUUUCAACUUUGACCUGAAAAAUAUCUUAAUCUAAAUCUUGUGUACUCAUGGAUGUUGGCAAACGGGAUUAGGGCCAGCGUUAGCUUGGUACAAUGUCGGUGAGAAUCCACAAUUUGCUUUGGACAUUUCCAGUGAUUCGAUGGUUUAAUAAUUUCAUCAACCAAUUAAACCGUAAAAAUAUAAAUCAAAAUAAUCGAUAAAAACUGAAAAGACUUAAAAUCACAUCUAUUUUCUGGACUCAAUAUCUCAUAAAAUCGUAUUUAGUGUCUCUAUCGAGUUUGACAAAUAAGGAUGCGAUGUCAUAAAUUAAACACCCAAACUUAACCUAAAUAACAUGAUCAGGAUUAAUUGUUGUUCGAACCAGCAAAUUCAACUCGACUCAACUCAACAUAAUCGUUAUUACAAUACGAUCCUAAUUCGUGAUUGCAAAUUGUUAUCAACAAUUGAUAAAUCCAGAGAGAUAACAAGGUAAAUAUUGGAAACUAAUAAAAAGUGUUAGAUUGAAAAGAAUCAAGUGAAUUAAUAAAAUCUAUCAUCGUGAAGCCACCAAGUUUCCUCCUGUCACAAGACGUUUGGACAAAUAAGGAUAAGAGGCCACGUAUCGAAGGACCAAAGUGACCUGAAUAACCUGAUCUGGAUUGAACCUUGUUCGAACCAACAGUUUGAGUUAAGCUCAUUGCCAAUUGUAACUUCAAACUCAAAGAUUUAAAAGACAAAUUUUACCCAAUCGAUCCGCUUUAGCGAUUGUUUGUUUUUUCUUUCGAUCUUUUAUUUUCAUUAAUCUUGUUCUUUAUUUAAAUCUUAUUGAUGGAAUCGACAUUUCCAAUCAAAGCUAAGACAAUUUGUCGUUCUUUGAUCUCAUCUUGGUCUAAUUUACCUUUGCAAGAGAUUAAUGUUGAAUCAGUUUCCAAUGGGCGAUCAAAUCGUUUAUUUAUCUGUUCCCGAUCAUCAGCAACUUCAAGUGACUUGACUACUGAGCCGAAAUCAUCAUCGGUGGGUUCAGGCCAACCUGUUGCUUGUUCAUCUACUGGUCAUCAUGAUGAAAAUAUCGACAGCUCCAAGAGUGGACAAGUUGAUAGAUAUUCAAAAGUAAUUGUCCGUUUCUAUGGGAGUGAAUUCACUGGUGAAGGUAAUCAGUACAAAUGUGUUUCCGACGACGAAGAAAUGGAAAUUCUGAAAAUUCUGUCCGCUCGUGGUAUAUCACCUGCCGUGUUGAAAUCUUUUCCCGGAGGGCGUAUUGAUGAGUACAUUGAGUCAACCAUUUUGGAUCCCAAAAGAAUAGCUCAAAUCGAUAUCUUGACCAUUUUGGCACCGAAAAUUGCUCAAUAUCAUGUAACCCGCUUCAAAUGUGAAAAAGUUUACGAUCUUGUCCAAAUUUGUCGAGAUAAUAUUACCAAAGCGACCGAAAUUCUGUCCAACUAUACUGAAACCCGAUUAGCUGACUAUUCUGAACCAACGGCUCUCUUAUUACGAAAAGUUAAACAGUUCUAUAUGGAUAAACCCGCCACUCGAUUGAUUGAGAAAAUGACCUUGAUCAAGCAGAAAAAUGUAUUCGCUCAUUGAUCUUAAUUAUACAAAUUUCUUAUUUCCAAAGGAGAUCGACAAUUUAUCAUCAACAAUCAAAUCUUCAUUUGAUGUAAUGAUUAUCGAUGUGGAAAACAGUCAGAAUAAUUUUCGUGGUAUCGAUUUAGGUAAAUUCUUCUCAGAACUUUGUAUCGGUGACGGUAAAAGUGAUCUAAAUUACAUUCCCGAUUCGUCCAUUGACUCAUUCAUUGAUUCAUAUCUCAAUGAAUGGAAAGUUAUUGUUGAUCCUGAACAGUUUGACUCGAACACUGAUAAUCAUAAACAUUUAGCUCUCGAAAUAAAACUCGGAUUCCUAUUCCAUACCGUUUUCCAUAUGACCUGGAAUGUUACACAUGUAAAUUUCGACUCGAGUGAUUUACUUAAUGACACAUCAACUCGAAUCGAUAUUUUUAAUCAUUACAAUCAACGAUGGUCACAAUUGAUUCAAUAGAAACAGAAUCAAUUUUCCCGAUCAAAAUUAACCAACAAAUCAUCGGAUAGAGAUAAUCGAAUCAUCUUAUACAAUAACAAUCAGUGGAUUAGUCGAUCAACUAAUUAAUUAUGAUAUUGAUGAUUAACUGAUUCAACAACCAAUUCCUUGCGAAAACAAUUAUAUUAAUACUAAACCAAUAAUCCUAAACCCGAUUAACUGGCUAAGAUAAACUUUUAAAUAUCAAAGUUUGUUAAUUACAAUUAAGAUUGAACACUAAUAUUGAUCGAUGAUCAGCAAGCCGAUGAACGAAAACGCUUUGGACAUUUGAUUGGACAUUCGAGUGGGUGAAAUUAAGGAAAGACUUAAACUUUUGGGUGAAAAAACGUUACAAUUUAUUUUCUAAUGAAAUUGAUUAGUUGAUUGAUGAUAAACAAUUUAUAUGGUGAAAAUUGAAAGAGGUUAAUUAUAAACAUUACAUUUGAUUAAUAUAUUAAAAUGGUUAAAUGAA